CAAAUAACUCCUGCCCCCCAAGCAUUUCCCAUACAGACGUGGUCGGUCACGUCUGGGUUUCCGCCGAAAAUUUAAAGUCCAGUUAAAACCAACUGUUGGCAUCGGACACAAUAGAAGCAGGGGGAAAGAAAGCAAGGCAAAAGGGGGAGAAGGAAGCAUGAAAGGCUUCAGAGCUUUAGAUGUAUUGCUGAGCUCAGGGUUCUUUGUCAUUCUGAUUCUACCUACUGCCACGAAAGCAGUGUACAAAUGUGGGAGGAAUGAAUUCCAGUGCCUAGAUGGAAGGUGUAUCUCCUAUAAGUGGGUCUGCGAUGGCACUGCUGAGUGUGGGGAUGGAUCUGAUGAAACCCUGGAGACCUGCUCGUCUGUGACAUGCAAACUUGGGGAGUUCAGCUGUGGUGGCCGCAUUAAUCGCUGCAUUCCCUUGUCCUGGAAAUGUGACUCCCAAACCGAUUGCGAGAAUGGUUCAGAUGAACGAGAUUGCCCCCCUAAGACAUGUGCCCAAGACCAGUUCCAAUGCCAUAAUGGAAACUGCAUCUCCCAGGAUUUUGUCUGUGAUACCGACCAGGACUGUGAGGAUGGAAGUGAUGAGCUGAAUUGUCCAGACCCCACUUGCAAUCCAGAAACAUUCCAGUGCAACAACACUGUAUGUAUCCCCAAGCUAUGGGCCUGUGAUGGCGACCAGGACUGUAGUGAUGGCUCUGAUGAAUGGCUUGACAACUGUGGAGGACACAACUUGGUGAAGGAAUCCAAGCCUUGCUCUUCUCUGGAGUUCCACUGUAGCAGUGGGGAGUGUAUCCACAUGAGCUGGAAGUGUGAUGGGAGUUAUGACUGCAAAGACAAGUCUGAUGAGGAGGGCUGUGUCAAAGCCACCUGCCGCCCUGAUGAGUUUCAGUGCAAUGAUGGGGAGUGUGUCCAUGGGAGCCGGCAAUGCAACAAGGAAUAUGACUGCAAGGACAUGAGCGAUGAAAUAGGCUGUGUCAACGUAACACUGUGUGAGGGCCCAGACAAAUUUAAAUGCCACAGUGGAGAGUGUAUCACUUUUGACAAAGUGUGUAAUGGACCCAGAGACUGUCGGGACUGGUCUGAUGAACCCAUCAAGGAGUGUGGAACCAAUGAAUGUCUGGACAACAAAGGUGGCUGCUCACAUAUAUGUAAUGACCUCAAGUUAGGGUAUGAAUGCCUAUGCCCCGAAGGCUUCCGGCUUGUUGACCAAAAAAGAUGUGAAGAUAUCGAUGAAUGCCAGAACCCAGACACCUGCAGCCAAUUCUGCGUAAAUCUUCCAGGAAGUUAUAAGUGCGAGUGUAAUGAAGGCUACCAAACUGACCCGAUCACUAAGACGUGCAAGGCCAUUGGCACCAUUGCCUACCUGUUUUUCACCAAUCGCCACGAAGUGAGGAAGAUGACUUUGGACCGAAGUGAAUACACCAGCCUCAUUCCAAACCUGAAGAAUGUAGUAGCCUUGGACAUGGAGGUUGCCAGUAAUAAGAUCUACUGGUCUGACUUGUCACAGAAGAAGAUCUAUAGUUCUGAAAUUGACAGUGCCCACAGUUUUUCCACUCAUGACACUGUGAUCAGUGGGGAUAUCCAGGCUCCUGAUGGCAUCGCAGUUGACUGGAUCCAUGGGAAUCUCUACUGGACAGACUCUGUCCUUGGUACCAUUUCUGUGGCCAAUACUAAGGGCUCCAAGAGGAGGACACUUUUCAAGCAGGAAGGUGCUAAACCUCGGGCCAUUGUGGUAGAUCCAGUUCAUGGCUUCAUGUAUUGGACAGACUGGGGAACCCCUGCUAAGAUUGGGAAAGGUGGUCUGAAUGGAGUUGACACCUUCCCCCUGGUGACGGAAGAUAUACUGUGGCCCAAUGGAAUCACUCUUGAUCUUUCCAAUGGUCGUGUCUACUGGGUUGACUCCAAACUCCACUCCAUUUCCAGUGUGGACUUCAAUGGUGGAAAUAGGAGGACUGUUUUAGAGGAUAAAAACAAACUUGCACACCCAUUCUCCUUGGCAAUCUUCGAGGAUAAGGUCUUCUGGACAGAUAUUAUGAAUGAAGCCAUUUUCAGUGCAAAUCGCCUCACGGGCUCCGAUAUCAUUUUGGUGGCAGAAGAUCUGUUGUCUCCAGAGGACAUUGUUCUCUAUCACAACCUCACCCAGCCUACAGGGGUGAAUUGGUGUGAAAAGACUUCUCUCCCCAAUGGUGGCUGCCAGUAUCUGUGCCUUCCAGCUCCACAAAUCAGCUCUCACUCCCCCAAAUACACCUGUGCCUGUCCUGAUGGCAUGUACCUGGCUACAGAUAUGCGAAGGUGUACCAAAGAAGCGAUUGUUGUACCUGUUACUUCUACCAUGACCAGUGCAACAAAGGAGCCUCCUUCUAAAACAACCACUCUUACUCGAUUAGUAACAACUGUAACAACUCAGAAGCAGACGCCCAAACAUGGCACUCCUCGCCUCACAACUGCAGAAAUGGUUACAAUGUCCCAAAAAGCAGUUCAUAAUCCAUUGGGUAUGAAAGAUGGUCAGGAGCAUCAAGGUGGAUCCACAGCUCUCGUCAUUGUUUUACCAAUAGUUGUGAUCACUUUGCUUUGCUUUGGAGCAUACUGGCUAUGGAAGAACUGGCGUCUCAGGAACAUCAAUAGUAUAAACUUUGAUAAUCCCGUCUAUCAAAAGACAACAGAAGAUGAAGUUCACAUCUGUAGGAGUCAAGAUGGCUACACAUACCCCUCGAGACAGAUGGUGAGCCUGGAAGAUGAUAUCGCAUGAAUGGUUGCCACAAGAAGUGCCUCUUAACCAAAAGUUGCUGCUUAUUUACGGGAGGAAAAUGCCUUUUCUUUCCCAGUUCCUUUAUCAACUGCUCACUUCCCAGGGCAGCCACUGCUACUACUUCCCAAGGGACCUAACUGAUAUCCUCCCACCUAAAGAAAGAAGAAAAAGGAAAACAAAAGACAAAACAAAGCCACCACCUUCACUCAGCCCCAGAGGAAUGGGCUUUGUUGGUGGUGUCUGGGCUAAGCUGGCUGUCUGCUUGGAGUUGUGUUUUAUAUAUUUAUUCAUCUUGGAGGCAAGGCAGUCAGGCUUCUGAUAGGGUCUCUUGAAUGAUGGUUUUUGUUGGUAAUUUCCCUUACGUGUGAAGGAGAAGAAAAACAGGAAACAAGAUGGAGAUGAUUCUCUGGAUGUAAGGCUGCAAUAUUUCUUUGGUGGGAUUUGGAUGCUUCUUCUACCAGUCUUUUGGAUAAAGGAGUCAAGAUGAGGAAUGCGGUUACGUGAAGACUUGGGGACUGCACAAAAGCACAGUGGCUUCCAGAUGGAAGCAGGUGCUACUCCUGGUCAGGUGCUGCGCCCCAUCCCUUCCCCACUCACUUUAUCUCAGGAGUGAAAGUGUUUACUUCUACCUUGGAGUUCUUGGUAGACAACCUGUCCUGAUACCCACCCUCCCAAUUAAUCCCAAACUUGGCCUCCCAAGCACAUCUGUGCUCUUCUUUUAAGCCAUUAAGUUGCCUCAGAGAUAACUAGUAAUCAAAUGUGGGGUUAGCUUGAGCUAAAACUAGCCUCACCCCAGUCACUUAACCACUCAUUUACAGUAACUUCUGCCAUCAUUCAUCCUAUAAUAUACCACAAUGUACUAGACACUUAUCCAGUGAACUCCAACUAGGGCAGUUUGGUCCUGAGAGUUCAUAGUCUGCCAUUAUAUGAAGUUUUUUCUUGUCCCCCCCACCCCAACACCUCCCUGCUUCUCACCCCUCUUCCUUUUCAUGGGUGAAUUUUGUAUCCCUUUUUUUUUUCUUGCACUUUUUCAGUUCAGGGUUGUAUAUUUGUAAAUUUUAUAUUUUUAUUAUGGUUUUGCACUGUUUUCUUUUGUAAAUAUUAUUUUGACUAAUAAUGAGAGCUUGGCCAGGACUAACAAUUGCAAAUUGCAAACAAAAAGAUUUCAUUGUAUUUGUGAAUUUGCUAUGUUUUGUAUACUGUUCAGCAAGUGAGAAGGGGUGUGUCUCUGUGUGUGUGUGUGUGUGUGUGUGUGUUCUUCUGAGUCUGUCCAAAUGGAAGAAUUGAUCAGGAAACCUAAGCCAGGACUUCAUUGUUUAAAAUACAGUUUAGAAUUGCCAUCCAUUAUCUUUCUAGCUCACAUCUAAUAGGCUAUUUGAAAAGUCUGCUCCCCUCAUGUUCCUUGUGAAUCCUUCUAGACUGCGCCAUUGAAUGCUUUACUUCACUUAGGGAGAUGCGCUGUCUCAGUACAUCUCAAAUCAGUGUCCUUUGCCCAGAAUGUUUGCAUAGGACUGGUGAUCCUUAUGCUGGGUUCAGCUCUUUAUUUUCCUUUUGGAAAGAAGAGCAUCAGUCAGCCAUCGGACUGGCUGCCUUGCACUUCAUGGGCCCUGAAUAAAUGUUUGUUGUUCAACUGAACACUGGAGAGAGCCAGGCAAACUGCCCUCAUUCCUGAUUGGUGAAUGUUUGUUCUCCCCUUGCCCUCAUCCAUCCUUUUUAGAGUGUAAAGGAAGGGGGAGUGAACAGGACAUAAAGACCAGAGUAGAGAAAGAUGUAAAACACUACAACCCUCUGUUACCAGAAGCUGUGAAAGACGCUCUAAAGCCUGUAAAUAAAAUAACAUACAGUCAGUAGGUUAUUUGUGUGGGGUUUUUUUUUUGCACACAAUAUGUCUUUUUGUGUAUUCUUUGUAUAUUUGGGUAAGACCACUCACUCAUUUUUUUUAAAUCACUUUAUUUAUUUUUUUAACUUCAUGGGGCACCCUCUAUGUCUGGGGUGAUUUUUUUUCUGGGUCUUUCCUCAUCCUAUAUCUAAAUAUGACAUUUGCACCACUGUGGCUGAUGCUUCCUGGAUAAAUGUCAUUUGCACACACACCUGAAACACUUUGGAAUGGGUGGGUGUCAGACUUUUUAAACAACUGUAUGUACAAAAUGUUUUUGUAGCCUGAUUGUCUUAUUGUGAUCAAUUAAAUUUCUUAAGUACAAAGUUUUAA